CUGAAUGAUGCUGAGACGGCGGCUUGAGUCACAGCGGAAGUCCACAUGGACCCAAAUCUUUGAAUUAUGUUAAGGACGGAAUGGUGGCUGGGUGAGUUGCUCCUUGCAUAGAUAGAUGUGACUCUGCUGUCACCAGCUGGCUACAAAGGCAAACGCAAGCACUCCAGUACACCAACAUGGCUGCUAUUGUCCACAUUCAACACAAGAGUGAGCCGUGAGUCUGUGCAAAGAAUAAAUCUUUACAUUUCAUCAUCAGCUCACCACCACCACAGUCUCGCAGACAGGUUUAAAAAAAUAAAUAAAAAAAAUAAAUCCAAUUGUCCUGAUUAUGGGUGGGCGUGGCUAAAACAACUCAUUUUAAAGCAGCAAUUGGGGAACAGAGAAUCUUCAUUGCUUCAGAUCUAUUUCACCUUCUGCUCUUCACAUCCGUAGCUACAGUCCUGAUUAAUUCUCUAUCAUCUGUACCUUUGACCUUUGGCUCUCGCACUUGUUUUCUCACUGAAAUUUCCUCAGAAUUUCUGGAGCCCUAAAUAGUCCCACAAUCAUUCAGGAGACAUUUCACCUCGAGUGAUCGGUGCAAGAAAUUUCCCGCCGGCUCGCAUCUCGCUCGGCCAUGCGGUGAUUCCAUCCCAUGGGGUGAGAGAAAUUCCCACACAUGACUGUGGCUUGCAGUCACAUGACUAGAAUUUGGCAACAUGGGAAAGUUAUUGGUCAUUAGUGUCACACUCACUUAGGACAAUAAAGUCACAAACAGCUGUCAGCCUUUAAAGCUUGAAUGUUAACAAUCAGAAAUUUAUAAUCCUCCUAAAAGCCCUAAUGAAAGGCAAAUAAGUGUUUAGGGAAAUGAAUGCUUGGCAAUAUUUCACAAAUGAAUUGCUUGUUAUGGUGCGUUGAGCAGACGCAAACUGCUGGUAUUCGACUUUGUCGAGAGGGUUUAAAAGUGUCACGCUGUCGCAGUACAAAUGGCGUGCUGUGUCAAAAUUUCCUUUCAUUCUUCAUGGGCUGUAUUCGACACUGCAGUGGAACAUGUCUUGUUUUGGAAGUGCAACCCAUCAAACAAGAAGAUCUGGUUAAAGUAUCACCAUAGGCAGAGAUUAUAGAAAUAGUUUUAGAAGUAUUUUUCUUUGAGAGAUAUUCUAUACAUACACAUAUUCAUAUACAGAUACAUAUACGUAUUCAUAAACACAUGUAUAUACGUAUACAUGUGCAAAUAAUUAUACAAUAAUUAUUCAUAUAUAAAUACAUAUCCGCAUUUAUACAUAUGCCGUAUUUUCCGCACUAUAAGGCGGACCUAAAAACCUCCAAUUGACAGUGCGCCUUAUAAUCAGGUGCGACUUAUAUUUAUUGAGCCACUACAGCAGGCGUGUCCAAAGUCCGGCCCGCGGGCCAAAUGUUUAUAUCUUAUAUAUGGACAAAGUUUUAAAAUGGGCCAUUCAUUGAAGGUGCGCCUUAUAAUCCGGUGCGCCUUAUAGUGCGGAAAAUACGGUACUACAUAUAACUACUAUAUACAGGCAGAGUGAUUCAUUAUAGUAUGAAACUAAAUUACUCUACGACAUUACCACGGGUGUUCUUUAAACAUGUUCAGAUAAUGUCUGUCGUUGGUGCCAAUUUGGACAAAGACAACAACUAGCAAAGCGGUGUUUCCAUUUAGUCUUUCCUUGAAUUUACCUUGCUUAGCUAAAUGAGACGUGAAGCUAAUGAAGCCACCGCUCGGCACACAAGACGUGUCCAUUUGACAAAACGGCGGCCAACGCUUUGUGUGCUUUCAGAGCACGCGGCGAGCAUGACUCGGCAGUCUAAUGAGCAGCAUGCACAGGUUGAUUUUCUGAGAAGCACAGCCACCAUUUCUCCACUUGCAUGUUGCCAAGGAGGCUCUCAGAGAAUGGGCUCUCAAGGUGCAAGGCCGAAAAGAAAAACAGGUUAAGGCAAAACGUAGCCUUGUGCAUUUGUUUCACUCAAAAUACUUAUGUUGAAAAUAUAAGUAAACAAAUGUUUCACUCUCACAUGAUGCCAAUGUCAUGAACCAGAACAACAGUAAUGGGCAAGACUAAGAAUGAAUUGCUAACAAGCUAACGUCCUGGCAUCGCUCUCCAUUUCCCUCACCACUAUUCCCUUACAUCACUUAAGCAACACAUAACCGUGUUUGGACCAUCUUGGUAUUUCCUAUCCGUCUGCGGUUGGCAGCGGCCAUGUUGCGCAACAAAGUCAAUCUAAUCAACCCGGCAAUAAAUAUGGACGAGGUUGCGGCGCCCUCCUCGCUCUGAGGUGACAUCUGUGCCUUGUUUACUGACACCUUCUGCUCCCGCUCAACCUAUUGUGUUAGCCAGCAGCUAUAUUUCAGAAUAAAAGUGAGCACAUUAGCGCUAUGCCUUUCCUCUAACUCAUCUUUCUCUUCCAUUUGCAGCAAUGUACCCAAUUAGCUUUGGUGUCGCACAUCCUGCUGUUGCCUCCCCGCCGGCGCCUUUUGUUUCUGUGCUAGCGAAUCCAAACGUGUUAGCCUCCUGCGGUGUAUUCUUUGGAAAACGUUUAUUUUUUUCCCCCCCCUGACUCAUAAUUCAUAGAAGAACGUAGCAAACAUAUUGACAUGACGGCGGGCGGGCGGGCGGUCAUCAUUAGGAGAGAAAACGAGCGCAGCUCGUUAAAAAACAAGUCAGGCGUGCGUUUCUAAAAGUCAGUAACAUUAAAAAUACAUCUUGCGUUGGGGAGCCGGCAGGUGCGGAGAUCUCCAGAAGGAGAUGCCUGAAGCGGCGUUUUCUUUUCGUGCGCCGUGGUUAAUGUUGAGGCUGCUUAACAUGGAUUGGUCAACUUCGCUGCGGCAAGUCCGCAUGUUCCAUAUCCACUUGACAUUUGAUAAUACACAGAUAGCAUCAUGUGCAUCAGCUAGCGGUGGGCCUGCGCUGAGCAUUGAGAUGCAUCAGAUGAGCCUCCCUCCAACUGCUCACUGGCUAAAUAUGCAGAUGAUGGAUUCCCUGGCCAGCUCCAGAUGGCUCUUGUUGAAAGCUGCCGUGGAGCAGACCAACUUAUUUUUGACUUUCCAGUGUAGAACAAUAAAGACAUGAUGAGAGUUGGAGGAGGUGGAAACAGAAGGCGGAAACUGUGUUUGGGCUUUUGGACGCCUUUCAGAUGAAAUCUUGGCUCAUGUCAGCUGGGAAAUGGAGUGACUAUUUGGGAAUUCCGCAGUACGACCCCUCCCCGCUCUUCCAGAAAUGUGGCGGAGGCAAUUCAUUCAAAUACUUCUCGCAGGAAGUGGUGACUAUCCCAGGAGGAUCAAGAUUUUAACAGCAACAAAGAUUGCGCAACAUUUCGAGCCCCGAUACUGAGUUACCCUGUCCUAAAAAAAAAACUUCAAAAGCAGUUUCGAUCCUACAAAUACAAUCUCGAUUGCGAAUGAAGCUCAAUUUUAGGUCAGCGUGAUGUAAUCCAACACCCUUUUGUAUAUUGUACAAUUUAAUUUCUGGGUCAGUCGUACUGUGAUGCAUCAUUCGACAAACACAGCAAUCACUCCUCACUUUGUUGGACGUUGUGUGAUAUGAAUUGUCCUUAACCUACAUUUCCAUCAUGGAAGAAAAUCUUGGAGAGCCAUUCAAUGCAACUGUGUCACUGGACACAAUAAGACCAAAGGAUGCAAAAAUGUUCCGUUGGGUAAUCGUUUCGGAGUAGAAAUGGCCGAACAAACAGUGAGCUCUACCCUGAACUGGAUGGAAGUCAAAACAAUUUAUGCGAAGUGAAAUCCAGAAAAGACCCAGUGUUUUUUUUAAUACCGUAAUUUUCGGACUAUAAAUCGCACCAGCCAUAAAAUGCCCAAAAAAAAAAAAAACAUAUAUGUAUAUAAGUCGCUCCUGAGUAUAAGUCGCCCCCCCACCCAAACUAUGAAAAAAAACGCGACUUAUAGUCCGAAAAUUACGGUACAUAAAAAAACAUCAUUGUGGAAAAGUCCACUAACCAGAAAAGCUACUUUUUAAAGCAAGUCAUCGGUAAAAUAACCGAGUUAGUGUUUCAAGCUUCCUCAUGAGCACUUUGGACCGACUUGGUGUUUGUUAGCCAGCGGUAGCAGAUUACAUACGAAAGAAAUUCAGCGUAUUCUUCCGCGAAGGAAAUUGGCGCCCACACAUUCACUGAAUCGCUUUUAUCCGUCACCUUACGUUUUCCUUUCCUCAGACUCAAUGACAUACUUCCUCUUUUUGCUCAAAAUAGAUUUUUCAAAACAAUCGGCUUGCUCAAACAUAAGUCUAUAUUUAUCGACGUUCUACCGAGGAAAGAAAGGAAGUAAAAAAGAAUUGCUCAUUCAUCAUUUGGUAUCGAUGCAGCCAGCAUGAGGGUGACUUGAAGACGACUUGAACUUUUCUAAUUCAUCAGAAUCAAAUCAAAUAAUAACACAAAUAAUCUCAUACCAAACAAAUAUGUUAAUUAUAUUGAAUUUUAACACUUUUGUCCGCAAAUUCAAUUUACACUCUGCUGGAAAUUUUUGUUACGCAUAACAUAGAGGAAUAGAUGACACGGACAAAAAUGAGAGCGUAAGAGGGCAAAGGUUAUCUGGACUCAGAGUCAAGUUUCAGGGGGAGCACACUGAACUUGCAACAAUCUGCUCUGUGCGGGUGUAGUCUGCUCUCAAGUCUCCUCAUCAUCCCAUCGCUCUUGCUCCGCAUUGGCUGAGAGCUGUGAUGUCACGGAGUGGACCACGCUAUAAAAAAGGCCCUCUCCCGUGCAAGCGUCAGACAGACCGAGAGCUAGCCCCCACGCAAACACACAACCAGGCCAAGCCCACUGGAAAUAUCCCCCAGCAACCCAUCUCAACAUGUGCCGAGGACUUGAACUAUUGCCAGCCACCUGCCUGGAGAGGGCCAAGGAGCUGAAAGCUCUGUUUGGAAGUUUGCUGCACAAGUCGGAUCACAGCAUCCCCGUGCAGCCCAAAAAAAAUCACAGUGCUGACGAGCAACUGAAAUGGACGGACUCGUUUGAAAAACUGCUGUCCAGUCAAAAUGGUUUGUGUCUAUUCAGAGCUUUCCUGAUGUCGGAAUUCAGCGAGGAAAAUAUCGCCUUCUACUUGGCGUGCGAAGACUACAGAACGGCAAAGCCCUCAAAAAUGUCCGUCAAGGCCAAGCAAAUCUUUGAGGAGUUCAUCAGCGCCGACGCGCCCCGAGAGGUCAACCUGGAUCACUUGACCAAAGCCAUCACCAAGGAGAACAUUGAGCAUCCCACCAGCUCAUGUUUCGAUCUGGCCCAAGCCAAAAUUUACACGCUGAUGGAGAAGGACUGCUACCCUCGUUUCCUCAAGUCCUUGAGCCAGCAGAGCGAACAAGAACGGCUAAGCAACUUGAUCAAGAACUUCGCGGCCGGCACCCGGCAGAUGUGACCCUUCACCAGAUGUGAAAACGCUAACAACGACGACGCCUAGCCGAAAGGCAGACGUCAAAUAUCCGAGCUGAGGACUCGUGACCAAGAUUCGGCCGACCGGAGUCUGAGCCGAAGGACGUGAAGGUGCGAGGACGCGACCUGAGCUGCUUGAGAGAGACAUGUGAACAAGACCACAGAGACAUACGAAAGAAACGGACGUCGUCUUGACUUUGCACAACAAAUGCUAAUUUAUUUAUUGUCUUUAAUCAUAUUUAUAUUGGAAAUAUCAUAAGUGUUUUGUGAAAGAAUCUUUUUUUUUAUUGCGCAUGGCGAAAUGAAAUCCACCAAAUAAAGGAAGACACAAAUGUCUGAAAUGG